GGCUCAGAAAAUGGGGCGCACUAAUGGGCGGACAAAGCGCCUUACCGUGGCCGGGCAGGUCACGGUCUUCGGCCCUGGCCGCCGGGAGACCGCAAGGGGUCUGCGAGCGGCGCCGCCACCGCUGUCGGGGAGCGGGGGUUGGGGCCGCAGCCUUUGUGCCGAGGCCGCUCCCAGCUCCCGCCGCUGGGGGGCGGCCUCCGGCCCGCCGACCCCCGACAAUAGCGCGCCGGGUGGGGAGCCGCGCGGUCCCGGAAACUUUUCCCUCGCGCCUCCGCCGCCGCCGCCAGCGCCCGUCUCCCGGCCGCGGUCGUGCGCUGGGCCGGGGCCGCCGCCGCCGCCGCGGGGGCACCGGGCCGGGGGAAGGGGGCGCGCGGAGGCUGCGCCCCGGCGGGGCCACGCGGGAGGCUGGGGCCCGGGCCGGGCGGAGCCAGCGAGCCAUGGGGGAGGCGGCCAGCCCCGCGCCCGCGCUCUGGGACUGGGACUACCUGGACCGCUGCUUCGCCCGCCACCGCGUCUGCAUCUCCUUCGGCCUGUGGAUCUGCGCCUCCUCCUGCUGGAUCGCCGCCCACGCGCUGCUUCUCUAUCUGAGGUGUACAAAGAAAUCCGGACGGGACCAGUCAGCGCUGUGCGUGGCAUGCUGCCUCCUGACCAGCCUGUGUGACACCAUCGGAGCGAUUCUGGCCAGACAGCUCACGAUCCAGGUUUUCACGGGUGCCUACCUAGCAGCUGUUGACUUGGUGAACUUUGUGUUCAUCCUCUUCCCGGUCUGCGGCUCCAAGUUGAAGUCUAAUUUGGGUCGGGGCUCCCGGGAGAGGAAGAGGAGGCAGCGGCUCAGGGCCAGUGUCUUUGCUCUGGCCCUGCCGCUGAGCCUGGGGCCAGGCUGGGCUCUCUGGGCCACCGUCCGGAAGGCGUCAGGCCCUGUCCGAGGGCCCCAGCGGAGACUACUGGAGAGCCUGCUGCAGGACAACACUGAAAUCUUCGGCUACCUGCUGGGUGCCAUCGCUGCCUUCGGCUCCUGGGCUUCCCGAAUCCCCCCGCUCUCCAGAAUCUGCCAGGGUAAGGCAUUUCCCUCCAUCCACCUGUGGACCCGGCUCCUGUCGGCCCUGGCGGGCCUCCUCUAUGCCUCAGCCAUUGUGGCCCAUGACCGGCGGCCUGAGUACCUGCUUCGGGCCACACCCUGGUUCCUGACCUCCCUCGGCCGUGCUGCACUGGACCUCUCUAUCAUUUUCCUUUCCUGGGUGAUGAAGAGCAAGAUGAGACGGGCCUUGGGGUUUGCCCCUGAAGCCAGAGAGAGCCCCGACACCCAGGCCCUUUUGACCUGCACAGACAAAGAGGAAGAAAGCCAGGAGGCAAGGUCUCGCCGGUUGGAAAACCGCUGGGCCCACCGGGAAUUCAGACUGGGUGCCUCUCACCACAUUACCACCCUGCAAAUCACUGAGGACAAUGGCAGCCAUCAGUCGCUACAUGGAGCUGACCAUCGAGCCCGUGCAGCAGGCAGGCUGCAGCACCACCCGGCUGCCUGGCGAUGGACAGAUGAACCCUGGAGACGUGAACCUGCAGGAGCCGCCCUCUUACCCUCCCGUUCAGGUCAUCCGGGCCCACGUGUCUUCUAGCAGCUCCUGUGAAGUCUCCUCCAUCAACUCCGACCUUGAGUGGGACCCUGAAGAUGUAAAUCUUGAAGGGAACAAAGACAACGUGGAGAUGCUCAGAUCCCAGGUGCACAGGUGCUCCACGGGGCCAGUGGUCUUGACAUCUGAUGAGUAACACCUGGAGCAAGCCCAUCAGCUCAGAGCCCUUAGUCAAGCCUGUGUCAGGAACUGAGCAGGGAGCAACCUGCAGUGACACCCAUGGCGGGAAUUUAAGCUUCCGCAGAGGCCGCCUGUGAAAGCGAAGAACCAGGAGCUGUCACUGAGCUUGGUUGGUCUGCAUCACAGCUCAGAAUGGAGCUAAGACCUUGGGUCCUGUGGACAGACCCGGGCAUGUGGUUUGUUUUGAAGAUCAGAAGUUCAUAGACCACUCUUGCUUCGAAGUAGAAACCUUCAUCUAAAGGGCAUUGGACCUGCUCUUCCCUUUCCCUUCAGAUUCAGCUAUACUCUCAAUAUCUGCUAGGGGACAGGAACAUCUAACAAAUAGCUAAUGUGUUUGGAUCUCAGUACAGCCUCAUUCUGCAAGACCUGGCUAAGCCCAGGAAACGAGAGGGGUGGGAACAUGUGCUGGAGAUCUAUGACAUGAUCCCUGGUAUUAAUGGGACCUGGCUCCUGCCCUUCCAGUCACCCACUUGGGUUUUCUUCUGGAAGCUAGAGGUAGGACUGCUUGGUCAACCAGGAGUUUAUAAGAUCGGUGGUGAUGUAAGGGCAAGCAAAACAAAUUGCCUUAGAUACCAGCACUUGCUCCAACUUGGCAAGGUGUGUGCUGGGCAGGGUUUGCAGGUGAGGGGGACUGUCUGCUUCAGGAGCUAACAUGAAAGCAUGUGGAGGGUGGGAGGCAUGGUGGGAGGUGUCAAAUUCAAGCACAACAAUCCCGUUUUAGGAUUAUUUUGAUACUGUGAUCAUGGGAGGGGGAAAAGAGGGAGGGAAUGGGGCCAAGGUGGGAGGAACACUGGAGUGAAUAAAUCCUGAUUGAGUGAGUUGAGGCAUCUCACUGUGUAGUACAGAGAUGUCUGAAUCCCAGCACAGCCACAAAAACCAGCCACAAGGGGAACUGG